GUCAAAAAGAUCGAUUAGUCUGGUCUGCACAGGUAACUCAGGCAGUGAGUCAGUUGCGUGGUGUAAACAGCUGUGUUCCUGGAACACCUUUUACGAAGCAGCGUGGAUUAUUUCACCUUCAUGUAGGCUAUUCAAUAACUCUAAACGUCGAUUAUUAAAAAUACGCACUACGAAUUUAGUCGGUAAAAAUGUUGAGGUAAUGCUAUCAAAUCGAAGUCGUAGAACACCACAGAAGUUUGCUUGCUAAUUACUCAAGGUGAAUGGCCAUGCUUUUGUAUUUAAUACUCCUACAUCAACUGCUUCCUUAUGGAGACUUGGCUUGUGUGAAGAGUGUACUGCACAACACAGGUACAGAAGGUCACUCCAAAGAAGUUUUUGUGGAAGCGGACGAGGCGAAUAAGUUCCUGGGACGCCACCUACUGUUCAAUCGGUUUGACUUUGAAAUCUUCACUCCCGGGAACUUGGAAAGGGAGUGUUACGAAGAAGUUUGUAAUUACGAGGAAGCCCGGGAAGUUUUUGAGAAUGUUCCAGAUACAGACACCUUCUGGAAAAAAUACGUAGAGGGGAAAGACAAGCGCCCAUCCAGGCUGGAUGUGACUGCUCUUCUGGUGGGGCUGAUCACAGCCGGGGUGCUGGUCAUCAUCGUAGGCCUGCUGCUCUGGUACUUCUGCCAGCACAGGUGCAAGGGGGGCAAUUUGUCCCACCAUAGCUCUGUCAGGGUGCGUAACAGACGCAGUAACGCCUCUCUGAUCAUGCGGCGGCUGGAUGAGGUGUCCCUUCAGCCUGGCCUCCUCCCCCCACCCCCUCUGGAGGCUGGGGAGCCCCCAGGACUGCCCUCCUACGAGCAGGCCAUAGCAAAGUCUGGACCACAUGACGCCCCCCCACCUCCAUACCCAGGAUCACGACCUGGAAGUAUUCGACGAUAGCGUCUCCAACUAGAUGUCCGUGUGUAUGCCGUCCUUGGCAAGCCUGUAUUCUAGUUUGAUGCUUGUUUUAAUGCUGUGUGCCAUAUACAUUGUUUAAAUCAAAAUAUAAUUUGACAGAUUUACAUUAUUCGUGUUGACAUUAAAGAAUGCAAGGGAGAUAUAUUGUAGUACCUCAUUCCUAUCUAUACUUUUGUUUACCUCCUCACACUAUAAUUUUUGCUAUGUUAGCUUUUUAUUCUUUUUUUAUUUAUUUUUUAUCCUUCUCAGUCAGUAAUGAUAUGCUUUACCAAAUAUUUUAAACGUUUAUUCAACUGUCUUGGAUAA